UUCUUUUGUUGAAAAAAAAAAGGAAAAAUUGGCUCCUACAUGCACCAUCUGCUAUAUCCUCAUUGAUUGUCAGUUCAGUAGUGAAUAUUAUUUGGACCACAACAACACUAUUAAGACACGAGGGCCAAGGGUGAAAAUCGAUGUAUCGUACUCGUGGAGACGUAUUAUUAGCUCUAAAUUACGAUUAAGAAAGUUCGGCAGUGUGUUAAUUAACGUGUCAAAAAUGAGUAUGGUUCUCAUUUUGAAUACCUUCUUUUCCCUACAGAUUCAGUAUACUCUCUUGUUUUUUUUCUGAUAUAACUGUCUCGAUCAUAUCCCGACUUUGAUCGUAAUUAUAAAACUUGUAUAACUGUUACAAAUAUUUCGUCUUACGAGAAAGCGGCAUUAUUCGAAUCAACAUCACAGUACAUAUGUCUGUUCCAAUAGAUGGGGUUUGUGUUGAAAUUAAUUUGCAUAGUGUAGAGUUUUCAAAUCAGCAAUUAUACUACCUCAACUCUAUCGUGACGUAUACGACAUUACAAAAAUGCCCGAUUUUGAUGUCGAUUUUUUCGCCAAACUUCUCGGAUUACUAUAAAUAAUCCAACAAAAUGGGACACUUUCACAAACAAAAUCAUCCUCAGAAAUUUCAUCAAUGAAAAAAAUGAGUAGUAGUACUCCCAUUCUUUCGACAUUUUUUGGUUUAUCAUUUCUCUUUUCAAUAUCAUGCACUAUUAUGGCUCAAAACCAUGACGAGUUUCUCGAAUGUCUAAACUCUCGAAACUCGUAUUCCAUCUCGGAAAUCACUUACUCCCCACAAAACUCUUCCUACACAUCGACAUUCCUCUUCUCGAUCCAAAACAUACGUUUCGUUUCUCCUUCCAUGCCCAAACCCUCGUUUAUCUUCACCCCUUCGUUCGAAUCCCAAAUCCAAGCAAUCGUUUUAUGCUCGAAGGACAACAACUUUGAAAUUCGGAUCCGAAGUGGGGGCCACGAUUACGAGGGCCUUUCCUAUUCUUCAAAACUCCCAUUUGUUAUAAUCGAUUUGAAGAACCUAAAUUCGAUCACAAUCGAUCCCGAAAAUCGAUUUGCAUGGGUUGAAGGAGGUGUACUUUUAGGCGACCUUUUUUAUCAGCUAGCAAAAAAGAGUCCGAAUCUCGCCUUUCCAAGCGGACUUUGCCCUACUGUCGGAGCUGGAGGUCACUUUAGUGGUGGCGGAUACGGCACUCUAUUGAGAAAAUAUGGCAUAUCGGCUGAUAAUAUACUUGAUGCAAGAAUUGUCAAUGCAAAUGGCGAAAUUCUCGAUCGGAAAUCGAUGGGGGAGGAUCUUUUUUGGGCUAUACGUGGUGGUGGUGCCGCCAGUUUCGGAGUUGUCACACGUUGGAAGAUCGCUUUAGUUGAAGUCCCUGAUAUCGUCACAGUUUUCACCGUCAAUAAAACAUUGGACGAAAACGCCCACGCUCUCGUUCAUCGUUGGCAGUUCGUCGCGGAUAAAUUCGACCGUGAUUUAUUUGUUCGAAUCCUCAUCACACAAUCGAAUUCUUCCAAGGGAAACAAAACGACCAUCCAGGCUUCGUUUAACUCGAUUUUUCUCGGAAAAAUCGACCGGCUUAUUCCGAUAAUGCAAGAAAGUUUCCCCGAGCUGGGAUUGGUGGAGGAGGAUUGCAUGGAGAAGAAGUGGAUUGAAGCGGUUCUAUACUUCUCGGAUCUCCCGUUUGGAUCGGUUUUAGACGAUCUAACGAAACGAAACCCUAAUCCAAGGACUUACUACAAGGCGAAAUCGGAUUACGUGCGGGCCCCAAUUUCGGAAAACGGGCUAUUAGGGUUGUGGGAGUUUUUCAAAGAAGACGAGGCGAAAGAUGCUCAGUUGAUAUUUGCACCAUAUGGUGGGAGAAUGAGUGAGAUUUCUGAGUACGAAAUUCCAUUUCCACAUAGAAGUGGGAAUAUAUAUGAAAUCCAGCAUUUGGUUUAUUGGGAUGAAGAGGGUGAUAAAGAUGCUCAAAGGUAUAUAGAUUGGAUUAGAAGGGUAUAUGAGUACAUUACUCCCUUUGUUUCCAAGAACCCUAGGGCUGCUUAUUUGAACUAUAGGGACUUGGAUUUGGGGGUAAAUAAAGAAGGUAAUAAUACUAGCUAUGAAGAAGCAAGUGUUUGGGGAAUUAAGUAUUUUAAGGGCAACUUCAAAAGAUUGGUUCGAGUGAAGAACAAGGUUGACCCGAGUAAUUUCUUCAGGAAUGAGCAGAGUAUUCCCACCGUUUUGGCCUAGGCCAAUUUUCGAAAAUAUGUAAUAGAUGAAUAAAUUAAUCAAUCAAGGGUACGAAUGAAAUAAAAGAAAGUUUGGACUUGUAACCGUUGAAUCAAGCAAAUAAAUUCCAGAAAUGGCGUAAUUUUCG